AUGAACUCGCUGACUUCACAGCAACCCGGUAUUAUCGGAAACACUGUGAUUAAUUCAAACGCAUCGAAUCGUGCAAUACAGGACGAAAUGGGAAUCUUUCCUGUGUCCCAAUCAAUGCAGAUUCCGAUAAAUAGCACUUUAGGUAUCCCUGCCAGUCAGUUGGUAACAAUUCCAAAUCGUCCCAUGAAUCUUUCGGUUCCAGGGUAUUCGGAAGUCCAGAUCCCGCACGGGAUGAACACGGAAGAUAUGAUGAAUCCCGGAAUGCAAUCGAUCGCAUUCGUCCCUCCAGACUCGAUGGUAAACCAGCAGAGCGACAUUUCAAUGGUCGGAAUCAACGACAUGGGCACCAACAUGGAUCUCUUCGCGCAGAGCUCCCAAGUGGAUCUGCAAUCUUCCGAUCUCUCCACGUACCAUCCCCACGAUACGGAGUCGCGUCUUCGCCUCAAGCGGCCCAAGCGCACCAUGAGCGCUUAUUCCUGCUACAGCCGCUCUGUUUUUAAGAAGGUUCGCGAGCAGCUCGGCGAGCAGACCAAGCAAUGCGAGAUCUUCCGCGUGAUCGCCGAUCAGUGGAAGCUGAUGACUCCCGAGCAGAAGCAGCCGUACAUCGACGAGGCGGAACGCGAUCGCGGACGCUACAAACGCGAGGUGCAGACGCUGAACAAGAUCCGCAAGGAGAUCGAGAACAGCCUGAAUCAGUCCGGAUCGCUGUCGGGAGUCACGAAUUACAAGAGUUCGCACAUGCUGCAGCAGGCUUUUCAGGAGAGAAACGCCAUUCGGAUCGCGCAGAUUUUAUUCGAGGCCAACGGGAAGAACGCGAAGGAUACCGUCGAUCUGCUCAACCAAACCAUGAAGAUUUUGAUGACAUCCGGACAGACCAUUAUUAACGAGCAGCAGCAGAUGCAGAACGCGCUGCCUGUGCUGGAAGCCGAGUCUUCGGAACCGUGGAAUUCCAGAAAUCGGGCUGAUUUUUUAGAAAGUCGAAAAAACCGUACCAGUGCCCGUUCGAUGGCUGCAAAAAGUAAAAUCGGUGAGUCGAGAGUGAGGAACAGAGAAUUCGCGUGGAAAAGCAAUUUAAACACACACAUGCACAUUCAUGAUACAACGCGCCGAAAGACCUUCGUUUGCAAAUACCCAAACUGCGGCAAAUCCUUCUACGACUUGCAGCAUUUAAAGCAGCAUGAAUGGAUCCACACGCGCAGCCCCGAUGUCGUCGAUCUCUCUGCGCGUGAGUUCUAG